AUGUUUACGCGUGGGCUCACACCGCGUCCAUCCUCGAAACCGGUCUUGCGAGCAUGGAACCAAAUGGAGCACCCCAUUCUGCCACGAAAGAUCCCCGUCGCAAACCACAAGAUCCAGUCCAAUUGUUCCUUGAUUAUGCCACGGAAAUUUCAGUAUUUGGGCGAGAGAUGGGGAAACGAGAACGUUUAGCACAGAAAGUCCGUCAGCAGGAGGCUAUGUUGAAUCGAGCUGCCGACCCCACCUCAUGGCUAGAAAUGACACUUUUCAGCAAUUAAAGCUUGACGUCAGCUCCUGUUCCAAUUCUAUCGAAUCAGCUACGCGAGGACUAAAACAAGUAGAGGACAUAAGAGAGCGGUUAAAUAAGCUCGAACAAAAGUUCCACUCCAAGGUGGAAAAAGAGCUCUCAAGUCUGAGAUUGCUCCGUUCGCACUGCCAGAGUAUAGUAGACAGAAACCGGAACACGGAAAAGUGGAAUUUGACGAGAUGUGACCUUCUCGAGCAAAGGCUUUCCGAUAUCGAAAAUAAAUCUGCAUCAAAUACUAUACAAUCGGAAGUUCAGAGCUUGUCAAGGCGCCUUGACGAAACCGAAGAGUUAUCCGCUGCACAACACCAACUUCUUGAAGGCCGAGUCACUGCGAUCGAGAACCAAAAAGGGCCAAACCUCAACACGCUGAGAGCUGACAUGGAAAAUUUGUUCAGCCAACUCGAGAAGCUACGAGAACUUCAGGACCAGAAAGACAAAGAAAUCGACAACGAAUUGCAAAGGCUGGAAUUGGGGCGCAGCAGCUCCAUCGAAAAACUCCAUAGUGACUAUGCUAUGGUAAAAGACCAACUCGGGGAGCACUUGAGGACGCAGGAUAUAAAUAAUGCAGCACACGGAGCAAGGAUCAUGGCCCUUGAGAAAAGGGACAAUGCUGAUGUUGCGCAAAUGCAUGAUGCACUAAAGUAUCACUCUGAGCGAUUGGCCGGCCAUAAUGUGGCAAUAACAUCACUUGAAAGCCGAUAUAACAGGCUAUCAAGUGAACCCCUUGUGCGACAGAUGGUCGCCUCCAUGCAAGAAAUGUAUCCUUAUGCAAGCACGGCCCAGAAAGAGAUCGAAGAAUUGAGAAAGGGUCUUAAUGAUCAAGCCGAGAUGUUGAAUUCUAUAUCAGCUCGAUUAGAAGCAGUACAGGCUAAUCAGGCAGGCGAGAAGACCGAAAGGCUUUCUAUGAUCAAAGAUAUGAACUCAGAACGGGCUCGGAUAAAUGACUCUAUUAAGGGCGCUAUUGAUAGAUUAGAUGAGGUGGAGAGGGUAACCGCGGAAAAGCUGGCAAAGGUCAUAUUUGAUUCUAGGGAGUUGGCCAAAGUCUGUGAAAAGCCGGAGAGAGCUGCACCCCGGAGUGUAUCGCUGGGUGCAAAUCCUCCCGAUACGAGCAGUAACAGGGAAGAAAUAUACGUCCGGACUGGACGUGCUCCUUCGCGGCCCUCUUCACAGCCGUCCUCAAGGCCAUCUUCAAAACCCCCAUUGAAUAUCAGCACAAAUAUGCCCCACAGGCCUCCUUCGCCUCACGAAGAAGAGCUGCGCAUCCGAUCGGGUCCGAGUCCUCCUCCUUUGGCAAGCCGAGCUAGCUUUUCUCGAGAUGACUCACCUCGUGAUAGCCACAGAGAGGACUUCCGAACCGCGUCCGAUUUCAGUCCCCCCCGAGCCCCCAUGAGUAUGAGAACAACUGGUCCUCCGCCAAAUAGCGAUUUGCAUCGUCGAGUUUCAUUUCCAUCCCGUCCACCUCCAGAACCCUACCUCGAGCGCGGGGAUUCAUAUAGACCGGGGUCACUUCCAAAAAAAAGACGCAGGGGAAAUGGUUACGAUGAUUUGGAUAGCAAUUAACACAUAGCUUGUGUUCGCAGUUCUUUGAUGUUGGGCACACAUUCGUCGGCCAAUUUCUAUGGCGUUAGGUCACAAUCGUCCUUUUCAACUGCGGUUCAUGGGUGGUAUCAGCGUUGCUUUCAUAUUCUUAAUAAAUAUUUAAUAGAAAUAAGCCAGUGAUGGUACUGGUGCCGAGAUUCGCUUCCAAAAUGUACAUGAUUGAUGCUGUCAAUCCAAGGUGUACAUAAGCACCCCAGCUCAGGGUGUUUAUUCUGCUCCUAUCCCAGCUAUCCAACCUGAUGUCCUUUUCUGACUGCUAGCCAGUU